CUGCUCUGCAUGCUGCUGUGGGUUUGUCAGAAUCAACACUCAUGUUGUUUGUAAAUAAGCCAAGAUUGUAAAAGAUGUCUGAGCUGUUUAUGGAGUGUGAAGAGGAGGAGUUGGAGCCGUGGCAGAAAGCAAAACCAGAAGCCAAUCUCAUAGAUUUGAUUGAUGAUGAUGAUGACGAUGAACCAAUUUUUGUUGGUGAAAUCUGUAGUUCAAAGCCUACAGCCAACACAAGAACAGGUGUUGGAAACCAGCAAAAUGUCUCAGUACAAAGAACACAUAUGGUGGCAUCGUCACAAAAGACUCUGCAGGCCCAGACAAACUCCACCAGGGUGGCUACAGGUCCCACAAUAAUGCUUAGAGGCACAGCCCCUCAACCCAUCAUCAUUAACAAUCAGGGUUACAUUGUGGCAACACCACAGAAUCUCAACAGCAACACCUCAUUCCUCAGUUCUUUGGGGUCACAGUAUCCACCAGGAACGACUUUCACUGUUGUGCCGGCAGGUCAGCAGCUAGUGCCGCAGAUAGUGUCACAGGUCAGUGCAGCACCAAAGCCAGGAGUCAUUCACAGGCCUCAAGUGCAGCUCAUCCAGAACAAUGUGGUCACCUUGACCAAUGUACAGGCUCCUGCAGACCUCUCUUCUCAGUCCCACACCACAGUCUCACAUAACAAACUGGGGGUCAUCCCAGCAAAUCCAGCCAUGCACAUAACCUCAUCCCUACAAAUUCCGAACAACAGAGAUAAUGGCACAACGAUAAAUGACACAAACAACGGUCUCUCCAAAAAAGGCAAGCUUGACAUGGAGAAUGAGUCACCCUUCAACAAGAAAUGCCCCCAGUGUCUGAAUGUGUUCUCCCAAGUUGUUCCUUUAAAAAAUCACAUUAAGCUCUGCUGCCCUCAUCUGAUGGAUUCUGUGUUCCCUUCAACAUCGAAGCCUGACAAACAACCCACCGCAGCAAAAGCCUACGACUCUGAAAAAGGCAAACUCAUCAUGCUGGUUUCAGACUUCUACUAUGGCAAAUGUGAAGGAGACCAAUCUCUGAUCCCGAAAGCAAAGUCCAACAUCACCUUCAAGUGUAACAGUUGUUUAAAAAUGCUCAAGAACAAUAUCAGGUUCAUGAACCACAUGAAGCAUCACCUGGAGUUAGAGAAGCAGAACAGUGAGAGCUGGGAGAGUCAUACUACAUGUCAACACUGUUACCGGCAGUACUCGACUCCCUUUCAGCUGCAGUGUCACAUAGAGAGUGCCCAUAGUCCCUUUGAAUCCACCACCAACUGUAAAAUAUGUGAAUUGGCCUUUGAGACGGAACAAGUGCUUCUGGAACACAUGAGGGAUAAUCACAAACCUGGAGAGAUGCCCUAUGCCUGUCAGGUCUGUAACUACAGGUCAUCCUUCUUCUCUGAUGUGGAUAACCAUUUCCGCAUAAUUCAUGAAAACACUAAAGACCUGCUUUGUCCCUUCUGCCUGAAAGUCCAUCGCAGUGGCCAUAUGUACAUGCAACACUACAUGAGACAUCAAAAAAAGGGAAUUCAAAGGUGUGGAAAGUGCAGACUAAAUUUUCUCACCUACAAGGAAAAAGUGGAGCACAAAACACACUUCCACCGAACAUUUAAGAAGCCAAGAAAACUUGAAGGAUUGCCUCCAGGAACCAAGGUGACGAUUCGGGCCUCACUUUCUGGUGCACCGGUGUGUCCAAACACUUCAAGCAAGUCCUAUAUCAUUCCCACAAGUCCCCAAAUAACCAAACAACCCAAUAAAACACCAGCAAAUACAUCCAGACCCAACUUUAAUGGAGGAAAAACAAAAACCACAAACCAGCCCAGCUCGACCCGAACAAUCCACAAUAAUGAGCUUAAAAAAUUAAAACUUCCAAGUGGAGAACAUAAGUGUGCAGAGUGUCUCACCGAAGUUGUGGAUCCUUACACUCAUUAUCCUUUGUCACGGAAGUGCAGCUUAUGCAAGUACAGAACAAGCUGCCAGAAUGCUUUCAGACAGCACAUGGUCAGGUUUCACAGCAGUUCUUCAAAAGUACGUAUUGGCAGAAUGAGGAGGUCUCCAUGUGGUAUACGGAGUCUUACACUGGUAUGCCUCAAGUGUGACUUUGUGGCAGACGCCUCUGGCUCUGACCAGAUGACUGAACAUUUGCUCAGCAGGCCAAACCACACCUGCCAGAUCAUCAUGGAGCCAGUUGCAAAUGGAGGAUCAGAAAUGAACUGGCUAAUGGAGAUCCAAGAUGAUUCUGAACAUCUCUCCAUUAAGGCAGAUUCUGAGAUUAUGGAUCGGGAUGAGACUGAACCCCUUCAAAUUACUGAUAUAAAACCCUUACCAAACAAUUACAACACAAAGGAGGAUGGGUUACAGGUUCUUGAGACUGAACAAAGUGAUCCAGACAAGGUGAAUGAUGAGACCGUGAAGACCACACCCAAUGAUGUCUCAGGACAGGAAUCGCCCAAGAGCCUUCCCCCUCACUCACCCUCUGAGGCUCCUGUCAGCCCCCUUUGUUCCCCCUCAGAUGAGAGUGGUGUAACACCAUCUGACUUUCUAUGUUCAACUGAUGGAACAAAGUCUGUGAACGCAGACAUGCAGCUGGAAGCUCUCACUCCAUCCAAGGUCCUGGAAGACGAUUCCUCGAAGAACUCUCAAGAGGAGAUGGACGGUUAACAGCAACCCAUUGUACAAUAGAAUGAGGAACCUUUGAAGCAUAGCAAGACUCUAGAAGCAGCAGUUUCCUGCUGACCGUCUCUCUUUUUUCCCUUUUUUUUUUAAAAUAUGCAUUAUUAGAUGAAAACAUUCUGUUGGUGCUAAAACAUGAGUUCAAAAAUAAUUGUUUCUGUAUAACUACAAUAUUACUGUACUUAAAGGUUAGUCAAGAAGCGACCUCUAGUUUGAAAUUUAGCUGUAAUGGCAGUAAUAAGUGUGAAUGUUCUUAUACAUAUGAUUGUUUUUAAGUCAUUUUGCCCAUAAUUGUUGUCUCUAUUUGACUACAGAUGAUCACAGUAAAACACAGACUUGGAGCUUAUAUGCACAUCUUCCUUUUCAAGUUCAGCAUUUUCUCAGUAUACUGUACGUAGGAAUAAAAUGCCUCAUAAGAAAUAUUUUUUUAGAUUUAUGUUUAAUAUUUUAUGGUUGGAUGUACUCGAUCAGGAUAGGACCCUGAAUUGAUGAUCACCUCUCCAUUGAUUGAUUGAGACUG